CACCACAACACUGAAAAACAAGAUUUUCUUGGCCCAAAAUGAAAAGCCUUUCAUUUUCUCUCACUUAUUGCUUCUUCUUCCAUUGGCACCACAUGAAACCUUAUUAAAUUUAGGUAUUGGUGGGUAUUAGUGGCCAACAAUCUUCUCAGUUUCUCAGCUAUGGCUAAUCAUUGCUUCCCUAACCUUGUUGGAGCAAUGGAUCGACUUUGGUUCCACCAUAUCAUUUUUCUCUCAGAGCCAAUGACAAUACUUAGCCCCAAAACCACCAAACCCAUGUCAGAGACUCCUUUGAUCUCACUUUCAAGUCCAAACCUCUGUGAUUCAACUCCUUCAGAGGAUGAAAUCUCAUCAGCCUCAUCUCCAACUACUACUCAGGAUGACUUCUACAACGAAGAAGAGGAAUUAAGACCCACAAGGUUAAACCUUUCAACAACAACCAAAAUCCGGUCCCAAUCAUCGUCUCCUUCGGUGAAAAAAAUCCCAAAUCGUCGCAGAUAUUCAGGUAGUGUUAGUGGUGAGGGAAGGAGAUUAAGGAAGACGAAGAGCUGCAAGAGCUUAUGGGAACUGGAAUACGAAGAGUUAAAAGGGUUCAGCGAUCUGGGCUUCAAGUUCAAGAAAGAACUGGUGACACCACGAAUGAUGAGCGUCAUCCCUGGUCUUCAGAGACUGGAGGAAUACGAAGGAAGAGAAGAACACCGAUGUGCCGACGAAGCACCCAAAGACGAUGAAAUUGAAGUAGAUAGAGAGGAGGAUGAGGAGGAGGAGCAAAGAGGAGUAAUGAGGCCUUAUCUGUCUGAGGCUUGGCUGAUAAAGAGACCCGAUUCGCCACUCCUCAAUCUCAAGAUCCCAAGAGCUUCUGCGGCUGAUGAUAUGAAGAAGCAUCUUCGGUUCUGGGCCAGAACUGUGGCUGCUGUGAUUCAACAAGAAUCUUGAAAUUUUUUUAUUUGAA